AUGGCUAUUAUCGCAAUUGAAUAUACCGAUGACCACUUCGUGGAGUUUGACCACAGCAACAAGCUUGAUUCGAAACACAUUUCACUAGUGAGAAGGCAGAUCUGGCGAGAGAAAAGAUCCAAGAUUAAAGUCCCCACCCCUGGUCGAUUUCGGUGGACUCAACCAUUGAUGUCGGUCGUCAACAAAGGCAAUUCCGAUCCCUUCAACGUUUUGCCCGUGAAAAUCACUCCAUCUGUCAACAAAGCCAUUUCUUUCUUACGCGACAGCUUUGUGCCAAGCCUAUACCUGACACCUUUUUUCGGCCGCUGCUCCGAGGGAGACACUGCAAAGACGGCAUCAUUGGAGAGAUCAAGCUUCAUAUCAUACCAACUUGUUAAGAGAACCUGGGAUACUAUUUGCUUAGGCUUAUGCGACGAAGUAACCGCAGCAACCAGUCUAACUACAGGCCUCGCCCUCAUCACGCGAACUAUGCCCGGUGCAACAAAACAGGACCGUGUUAGUUUACUGGAAAUGCAAACAGAAGCCUACAGAUUAGUACGUAGCAAGCUGGAAAAGGGAGAGAUUGUUAAAAACGAAAAUGAGAAGAUGAAAUUCGUUCUACAAUUAUACUGGCUAUUCCGAGCCGACUGCGUUCUGGGCAACAUCGCUACCGCAAUCAAACACGGAAAGAUGCUUCAAUAUUUUUUGCGAGAAACGAAUGUGGCCAUGGACCACACUUUCAUAUCAUACCUGAUAGGAAGCGAUACUGAAAUUGCGGCCAAGACAAUGCAAAGAACAGUUCUGGAUAUUGAUUACUGGAUCCCAUCUCUAUUCGCUCCUCAUUGGCCGUUGUGGGAGAGUCUUCUUCCUGAGGUCUCGUCCGGCUACAUUGAAGCUGUUGACUCAGUCAUUAACACAGAGCCACUGCUUGGAUUGUUUUAUCGCAGUCGUCGACUACUAGCAAUUGCAGAGCAUCCGAAGUGUAAAGUCAAAGACCCUGCUUCGGCAGAGGCACUUGUCCUGUAUACUUGGACUCGUGGCGUCGUUGACUUGGGCCAUUUCAUCAACCACUACAUGGAUCUUGCCACACUUUUAGAGACAGCUGGUGGCGAAGAGUCUUUAGGCGAGAUUGGUAGCCAAGCAAGCAUCAGCCUUGCUGCAUUGUGUAUGAUGCGCUGGAUCGCACAUACGGCAACUAUUAACGGCGUCGACUUGCGCGAUGCAUCUGGUACCAUCAUCUCACAUUUGCAGCAACGGAUGGAACAAGUGCAGUCUGUCUGCAGCCCAGAAGAGCUUAAGCGAUACGAGAGAGCGUAUCUAUGGAUCUUUUUCAUUGGAGCGCUCUAUUAUCAGAAGAAGAACAAAAUAGAUCAGUGGCCUGUGAAAUCGUGGUUUCAUGAAAGAUUGAGGUCACACGCACGCGCUAUGAAUAUCGUUGCUUGGCCAGACCUCAGACAGGUCCUUCAGAAUUUCGUCUAUUCUGAUCAUGUGGAGCCAAAUGGGGCUCUUUGGAUUGGCAAAACCUUGGAGCUUACUUUGUCAGACCCUUUGAUUGGCAAAACUUUCCCAGCAGUUGGACAGUCUUGUGGACAUCAGUCAGAGAUUGUACUGAGAUAA